AUGUUAUCCCUUAGGAAGAAAGCAGAAAGUCGUCGCCAUAAUAGGAAGAAGUUAAAUCCGAAUAUACAUCUUGAUGAUGAAAUAUCUACAGCAGAAGCUGUAGAUGGUGUUACUUCAGCUGCUGGAAAUGAUACUAGGGCUGCUAGUGGUGCCGAUGGUGAUGGUAAAGGUUUCAGUGAAUCGGAUCCAUCCAUGGCUGAUUUAGAAACUACGUUUGCAACCUUUAAUGUGAUUUUUGAUAAGCUAAGAAGUCCAUCUAAUCAAGAACGAUUACAGGCAUCCUACGAAUUAAAGAAUUCUCUCAUUUCUCUAGCGCGUGAGGUUUCAACUGAACAGUUCCAAAGAUUUAGUAAUGUGUUAAAUAAUAAAAUAUUCGAGUUAAUUCACGGAUCUGAUGUCAAUGAAAAAAUUGGUGGUAUUUUAGCUGUAGAUACUUUGAUUGGAUUUUAUGUACAUACAGAAGAACUACCAAAUCAAACUUCAAGAUUAGCUAAUUAUCUUCGUGUUUUGAUCCCUUCCAAUGAUAUUGAAGUAAUGCGUUUAGCGGCAACUACCUUAGGUAAAUUAGCCAUCCCUGGUGGUACCUUAACUUCGGAUUUUGUCGAAUUCGAGGUUAAAACAUGUAUUGAAUGGCUAACAACCUCGCCAGAAAAUUCUUCCUCCAGUUCGAAGCAAGAAUUCAGAAAACAUGCAUCUUUAUUAAUUGUAACAGCAUUGGCAAAUAAUUCUCCAUAUUUAUUAUAUCCUUACAUUAAUUCUAUUUUAGACAAUAUUUGGAGAGCAUUAAGAGAUACAAAAUUGGUUAUCAGAUCGGAUGCAGCUGUAACCCUAGGUAAAUGUUUAUCAAUUAUCCAACAUAGAGAUUCAAUUUUAACAAAGCAGUGGUACGAACGUUUAUUUAAAGGUUGUGUCUAUGGACUAACUUUAAAUACAAAUGAAGCUAUUCAUGCGACUUUACUGGUUUAUAGGGAAUUGUUAGUACUACGAGGUUCCUUUUUAAACUCAAAAUACGAUGAAAUAUACCACUCUACAAUGAAAUAUAAAGACCAUAAAUAUGAUGUUAUCAGAAAAGAAGUAUAUGCUAUUCUUCCGCUACUGGCAUCAUUUGAGCCCCAAAUUUUUACCAAUAAAUAUCUAGAUCAAACAAUGGUUCAUUUUUUAAUGGUAUUAAAGAAUUUAAAUGCAAGCAGUGCCAACCUAUCAGACAAAUCGUAUAUAUUGGUUUCAAUUGGUGAUAUUGCAUUCGAGGUAGGAUCAAAUAUAACCCCGUAUAUGGAUCCCAUUCUAGAUAAUAUAAGAGAUGGAUUGCAAUCUAAAUUCAAAAAUCGUAAAAAUUUUGAACGCGAACUGUUUUAUUGUAUUGGCAAACUAGCUUCUGCAGUAGGC